GGCGGCGCCGCGGUAUAAAGAGGCGCGGACAGCGGUCCGUCGCCACAGUCCGCUGUACUCACACCCAUCCAACAUGUACAAGCUGGUGAUCCUGAUGUGCGCCGUGGCCGCCGCCCACGCCGGCUACCUGGGAGGCUACGCCGCCCCCGCCAUCGCUGUGGCACCUGCCGUGGCCGCCCCCGCCGUCGCAGUCGCUCACGCCCCCGUGGCCGUGGCACCCGCCGCCUCCUCGUACGCCAACACGUACCGCGUGUCGCAGACCGCCCGCCUCCUGGCCGCCCCCGCCGUCGCCGCCGCCCCUGUGGCCUACGCCGCCCCCGCCAUCCACGCCCCUGUGGCCUACGCUGCACCUGCUGUCGCUGCUCCGAUUCUCAAAUACCACUAAAAUCUAACUUGUGUCUUGUCGACAAUAAAGUGAAGUAUUUAUUACAA